ACCAUUAAGUGCCUUAAAUCUUUUAUUAAUUUAAUUCAUCUCACCAAGCAUUAGCUUAGCUAAACUUAGAACCGCUUAAAUGUUGUCAUCGGCUUGGCGCAGCGUGGCUACCAAUAUUGAAACCCAAUUGACUGCCGCCUAUUUCCGAGUUCAGAAACUGCGUAAAGUUGGUUUUAGAGGCAUGCAUAGCACAGUGGAGGACGUUAAGCUGGAGAGCAUGCAGGUGAAAAUCCUGCCGGCUCUGCAGGACAACUACAUGUACUUGAUUGUGGACAACAAGACGCGCGAGGCAGCUGUGGUGGAUCCUGUGGAU